UUCAGUUGUCCAAAGUGAGAAUACUGGUACUGGGAAGGGAGUGCUCAUGAGACUAAUGAAACUGUUCCUGUGUGACAAUAAGUCUAAGGAUGAAGUUACAAAUGAUUUGGGACUAAGUAUGGCAAGUUUCUGCAAAACGCUCAAAGAAGAACCUGUAUGCAUGGAUGAGAUCUAUAGUAGUCGAGACAGGGAAGUAGUCAAGGCAGGAGUUAUGUCCAACUGGACCAAAACAAUUCCUAGUAAAUCCAUGAGAAGCAUGCAGAGCGGUAAAGUAAUUUACCCAUUCUGCUGUUCAACUAACAAAGACUACGAAGAAUUGUCCAGACAGCUUAAAGCAGGUCCUUCCCUUAUGGACAAGAUCUUGUUCUUACAUGUGGGAGAACAACCCUUGGAGGAAGAGAAUAAGCUGUCCAAACUCCAGAACCUGAUCUUAGAGUUGAGAAAGUUCAAACCAGUUUUGAGCAUGUUUGCUUUGAAAGCGAGAGAAGACAUCAGGUCAGGGGUUGACGACGAAAGAUUAUCCUCAAACAAUCGUCUCUCCAAAUGGAUCUGCCGUUUCAUGUAUUUCUAUAAAUUAAUGAAAGAAGAAGUCAACCAGAUUAAGACUGAUGUAAGGCUUGGAAUGUUUGAGGAUCUGGAGGAGGAUUGUCAAGAAAACAAGGAUGUAGAUGUUAAACUCUGCGUUUGGAUGCACAACAUUGGAUAUGAAUGCCUGUUGGUUGAAGGAUUGAACAUUAAAGCAAAGAAGAAAACCAUAAGGGAUCUACUAGUUAUGUUAACUAAUCUACCGCAUGAAGAUUUCAUUGAGCUAAGAAGAUACAUCAACAAAGGUCCAAAGAGGUUUCAGACUUCGAUCCCCAGUAUUCGUUUGGUAGAAACCGAAUGCUUGGGAGCUAGUCCGUUCAAACACUUCAAGAAAGUUAUCACGGAAUUACCUCUGACGCGCUGGAGUAAUUUAAAAAUAUACUCUCGCAAGAACAACCGAGUAAUUGACUAUAAUGACAUAUACAAGAGAGAAUGGUUGGCUUUGUAUAAAAGAGUUUUAGAAACUGCAGCAGAGAUUGGGUACACCUCAGAAGACUGUCAAGGAUGGGAGGAGGGGGAUCCGGAUGGGGAUGCGGAUCCAGAGAUGGUUUAUGGUGACGAUAAUGGGUUCCAGAUAGAGGAGGAGAGGGUGGAGGAGGAAAGGUUGGAGAAUGAGGGUGUGGAGAAGAAAGGUGUGGAUAACAGGGGGGUGCAGAAGAAGAGGGUAGAAAAGAAGAGGGUAGCGAAGGAGGGGGUGCAGAAGAAAGGGGUAGAGAAGAGGAGGGUGCAGAAGAAGGGUGUGGAGAAGGAGAUAAUGGAAAAGGAGAAAGUGGAUAAUGAGAGGGUGGAAAAGGAGACUAUGGAGAAGGAUACUGUGGAGAAGGAGACUGUGGAGAUGGAGAAUGUGGAGAAGGAGACUAUGGAGAUGGAGAAUGUGGAGAAGGAAAGAAUGGAGAAGGAGAGGGUGGAAAAUAAAACUGUGGAGUUGGAUAAUGUGGAGAAGGAAAGAAUGGAGAAGGAGUCUGUGGAGAAGGAGACUGUGGAGAUGGAGACUGUGGAGAUGGAGACUUUGGAGAUUGAGAAUGUGGAGAAGGAAAGAAUGGAGAAGGAGACUAUGGAGAUGGAAACAAUGGAGAAGGAGAGGAUGGAGAAGAUGGAGAUGGAGAGGAUAGAGAAGGAGAAGAUAGAGAAGGAGAAGAUAGAGAAUGAGAGGAUGGAGAA